AGCAUCAAAGUUCUCUCACCGCCUUUACAAUUACAUCCCUUUCAUAAUUUUGGUAUAUUUUUCUUAUUUUAUUUAAUUAAACUAAUUAAUAAUGCUUGCGUCCACAGGCCCAGCCCCCUCAUUCUCAUCUCUUCGUCCCAAGAUGAGUUCACCGUCGAGUUCAGUUAAGACCCCCAAAGCUCUCGCCUUGAAGCCAAUAGAGGCGACGCCGUCAACUUUCGCCGGGUUCGGGCAGGUGAUCUCGGCGUCGCCGGACGGCGGCGUGUUCGGGCCCACCGACGCCCAGCUCGAGCUCCAUCGAGGAGUCCCAAGAUUCUACAUCAUGCACAUAGAAGAUCGAGCGCUCAAGUUCAAGACGAUCACACAUCACGCCAGCGUUACCCAGUGCCUUGGCUCUGUUGGUGGUCAUGAAUGGUUUCUUGGGGUCGCUAAGGCUUCGAUUGUUGAUGAGAGUAAGAUUGAUGACGGUGAUGAUGGAAGCAAAGUGGUUAGGUCAAAAUGUGGGCAUUUGUAUGUGCCGCCUAAUCCUGAUGAUGUGAGAGUUUUUCGGGUUGAGGGGAGCAAAUUCUUGAAGCUUGAUGUGGGGACCUGGCAUGCUGGACCUUUGUUCAAGACAAAGGCAAUGGAUUUCUACAAUUUGGAGCUUAGUAACACUAAUGAGGUGGAUCACACCACUCAUAAUUUUGUUGAGAAGGAUGGGGUUGUCUUCUUAAUAGAGGAUUAAUGUACUUGUCUUCUUAGCAUAAAUUCAACCCUCAUGGUUUACUUGCUUUUGGAUUGUACAUGUGCAAAGGAAUUUGGCUUCUGUCUGUUCUCCGAUUACUGUUCUUUCUGAGAUUUGUGUUAGUUUCUUAUAAUUGGAGUAACGUAUAACGGUUGUCGGUUGUCGUCGCAUGUGUUUGCUCUGAUUGUUUAAUAUUUUAGAAAUUACCUCUCGGAUUUUGCUC